GUGUAAUGGUUAUUCCAGGCAAGUUUGGGCCACGUCAACCCAGCGCCAUCAUGAUGUCAAUCAGAGAAAAGGUUAAAGCAGGGAACUCUUUGAUUUGCCUACUGAGAGCUCUGGAAGGAAGAGUAACGACAGUCGAGCUGCGUAAUGAGAGCUACGCGGAGGGACGCAUUGUCCACGUCGACGGAUUCAUGAAUGUUCAAAUGACUGCUGUCACGUUCACAACACAAAAUGGAACCAACUCCAAACUGGACAGCUUGUUUGUACAAGGACCGCAAAUACGCUAUGUUCAGAUUCCCGAUGAUGUUAAUAUAGUGGAAGCAAUGAAGGAACAGUUGGGCAUGAUUGGAUUUGGAGAUAGACAGAAUGUAAGAGGAAGAGGUAGACACUCUGGACGGGGAGGGCAGCGACGAAUGAAGCCAGCAACAAACAGACCUCAGCAACCUUGAGACAUUGCAUAUAAACUUGUCGUACCGUCUCCUGAUUUUGUGUAUGCGACAGACAGUAUUCAAGAGGAAAUGGUACCUUUCUACAAAUGGCUGGUCAUGACGUUUUUGUUCAUUGUUGGGCAAUAGGUGAACAUUGGUGUAUAUGUGAGCUGCCAUUUCUUCAUGAACCUAAUGUUAUGAAACAUUCCUAUUCAAGACUCCUUUUCUAGGAACCACCCUGAAUUUUCACGCAUCUGCUAUAGGCAGAUGCGACUUUGCAUGACCUUGGGUCAGUGCGAGGUGAAAACAAAUGCUUGCAAAUGUAGCUUUUACACCUCGCGCGCCCCCGCAUUCCCCUUGUGAAUGUUUUCACCACGCCAACAAUGGCGGUGACCAUGGGAAACCAGAAGUGACGCGAAAGUAGUGUCCUUCUAUUGUGCUGUGCUACUGCAUAUCCUUUGUUUUAACAGAAUCGGACAUCCAACCCCAUCAAGAUAUAAGAAGCUAUGCUAUAUGGGCUCCGUGCACAUGUACCCCUUCAACAGUAAGAAAGGGAAAGUUGGGGGAGACCACUGGGAGAGACAUUCAAACGCAUUGCUGACGAUGCUGGAUACUCAAGCGAAGACGUUAUCACUUCAUGGACAUUUAGAAUAAAUUAAGUCAUUGCACUUCGCACUAUAUGUACGAAUGGCAUGUCUCGUCCAUGGGGCUCUCCAAUGUGGUCAAAAAGCACCCUCUCUUGUUCGUGCACAGAGCCCAUAGAGUCCCCAGUCCAUCAACUUGCCCUGGGAGUUGGUUUUGAUGAAUUCAAAGUGGUUCAGUUCUAAGCAUGUAAUGUUGUACAUGUAGCCCUGUUGAAUCAACAGGCCUUUCACGCUACCCAAAAUCUCCCUGUUGGACUUUGGUCCAACAUGGACAUUUCAGGAACCUCUUUCGCACUACCAAGUAGUUCUACACAUGUCAGCAUACAUGUAGUACACAGGUAAAAUCCAAUCCAGGUCUUGACCAGGGAUGAGAGGCCCUACCCAGGUAGAUAAUCCAAAUAUACAGCUGAGCUGUGCACACCAGUGUAGUGUGAAUGGUAUGCAUUGCCUACCCCUGUUCGAUGGGACCCUGUUACGCUUACGGUAGACCCAUGUUGAUUUCAACAUGGGUAGGCAAGAUGGUACAAAUUUAGUGUGAAGGGGCCUAUAAACUGGUAAAGGUGGAUGCAUGUACAUUGCACAUUUUCCCUCGGUGGUGUAAAACUGGAAAAAAAUGAGCAUUCUGGUGAACAGCAUUACGUGAACCAGUGAAUUAGGGUACACUACGUGACACCCUCUAAUUUUUGCAGACUCCCGUCCCCCCCAUUUUAUGCUUGUGAGAUGUGGUUAGGAAAACACUGAUUAAGAAUUCACGACAUUUUUAUUUUGGAUCCUAGAAGUAAUCAUUUCUGUUUCACUGAUUUCACAUUCAUGUACUUUGGAAGAGUUUAAUAAAACAUUACACAAGAAAUGA